AUGAGUGUCAGUGAAGCUGAAACGGUCGCAGAUCUUGUGCAAAAAUUAAUUAUUUCACUAUGUGGACACCAGCAAAAGCCAGAGGUGGUAAGAAGAUUGAUGAGAUUUUCUCUGAGUUUGUUUUCGUCUACCCAAGGUGUUGAAUCCUUUUCUGAAGAUGAAAUCACUAUUGCCAAUGAAAUUAAGAGCAAGCUCAAUUCCAAAGAGUCUGUACACUUUGACAGGCUACAUAAUGAUUUCAAGGACAAGUCCAUCAAAAACAAAGUAGGAAUUUUAUUAUUUUUAUUGCAUAUGAGCAAACAAUCAAAUCAAGCUGGAAAUAAAUUUUCUUUCCAUGAUAUGAGAUUAGGACUUUCUCCAGCGCCGUCAACAAGUGUUUACACUCCACAAUUGAGUUCUCAAGCGCAAAUGAUUGCCUUAAACACCCCGAACAGUUCAAGCUACCCCGACAGAACCGCCAACUCCAGCCGGAUAUUCGCAAACCAGGAUUGUAUAUCAGAAAGCCUCUUAGUCCAAGACUUGAUCUACUCAUUCCAAGGUAUAGAAGGAAAAAUUUUAAAAUUAGAUUCAAAUUACGGAUUCCAGUUGGACUCGAGCGUGCAAAUAAACCGUUCGCACAAACAAAGUGUGCUGAGAUUGAGUGAAUUGGGUUAUUUGCAUAACGUAGUAAGAAAGGGAUUGGACAGGAUGUCGUUGGCAGGAACGGGGCGAGUCGCUGACAGUUUUGUCGCCGCUCUGCACAAAGAGCUGUCCGAGUACUACAGAUUUAUUGCUAUCAUACAGGAGCAAGUGAACAGAGCAAACAGCAGCUCGAGCCCAGAGCACGAGGUGGUUACGCUGUCGCAUCUUCACUUGUGGGCGUUCGACCCGCUGGAGAACUUCAAGUGGCUGGCGAUAAUCGUCAGAGCGUGCCAGAAUGAGAAGGGUGGAGCUCUCGCCUCGGCUGUCUACGAGUUCAGCCACCAUGGCGAUCCCAAAGUCCAGAAACUGGUCAACAGGAUCUUAUCGAGCGUCUGCGAGCCGCUUUAUAAUAUGUUGAUCCGCUGGAUCAACGACGGGGAGCUGGACGACCCCUUCCAGGAAUUUUUUAUUGAAGCAAGGACUGACGUCACUGGAGACAGGAUGUGGCACGAAAAAUACCACGUAAGAGACGCCAUGGUCCCGACAUUCAUCACCAAGUCCCAGGCGAAAAAGAUCCUAGGCACUGGAAAGAGCAUCAAUUUCCUGAGGGAGGUCUGCAAGGACUCCACCGCCCUCUACACUCGCCACGCUGACAUGCUGAUUGACGACCCGGAAAAGUGCAGCGUCGAGGCUUUCUUUAAUAUGGAUCCCGACGGGCCGCUUCAGAUGAUGAUGGACGCCGCUUACAAGGAGACUUCUACCAGAGUCGUUGAGAUGCUCACCAAGCAGUGUCAAUUGUUAGAUCAUCUCCAGGGGAUCAAGGGGUAUCUUUUGCUGGGUCAGGGACACUUCAUUCAGCAUUUGAUGCACUUGAUUGAACCCGAGUUGGCAAAACCUGCCAACUCGCUCUAUCCACAUAAUCUUUCUUCGAUACUGGAGACCGCUAUCAGGGCCACUUGCACCAAAGCUGAGGAUCUUGAUGUUCAGAGGAGGCUUGAUGUCAGAUUAUUGACGCCUUCGGAUAAAGAAACCGGGUGGGAUAUAUUAGAACCAUGCAGGCAAACAUACAGAACAGUAUUUUUCUCACUGUGGCGAGCGAAGCGUAUGGAAUCAAUUUUAUCGACUAUUUGGAAGCACCAAAUAACGUCAGCAAAAACGCUCCGUAAAAUGCCGGAGAUAUUGCCAAUUCAAAAUCACAUUCAUCUCAUAACAAGCAGUAUGGUACAUUUAGUCCACCAGAUGCAGUAUUAUUUUCUCUUCGAAGUUAUUGAAUGUUCCUGGGAAGUAUUUGCCAAGAAUUUGCGUCAAGCGGCUUCGCUCGACGACAUUAUUAUAGCGCACAAUAGCUUCGUCGAGUCGGUGAGACACGGCACACUUUUAGACGAGGAUUCUCAGGAGCUUAUGAAUCACCUCCGUUCUGUCUACAAUCCAAUAUUGGAGCUGGAAAAUCUCGAGGAGACAUUUCUGGCCCGGGCAACGCAGGAGUACGAAGCGCGAGUAAGUAGCAAUAAAUUCACCCAGGUGACCAGCGAGCAGACCAAGAGCUGGGGUAAGACCAACUUAGUCGACGCCGAGACUUUUGAGCGACAGACCGCGUUCACCAAGUACUUGACCACGUUGUCCCGGCAGCUGAGAGUUUUAUCGCGGACUUAUCAAGACCGCGUUAAAAAAUUCCUCCUGAUGCUGGCUUCCGCCGAGGACGUUUCUCUCCAGCUGCUCAGCGUCAGACUGGACUUCAACGAGCACUACAAGAGCGAGGACAGCAGUCUAGUUGCUCCCUUGACUUAUCAACACCGUCGGCAAGGCGACAAGAGCUUCGGAGCAACCAAGUGA